AUCUGAAGCCAAAAGGCAUAUGUGUCUGCGUAGGUGCGUGCAUGGUGUGUGGCGGUGGUUCUCUCUCGCCACUUUAUUCCAAAAUUCCCCCCACGACCGCAUUUUUCUCCGGCCUCUUAAGUUCCCUGCCUCUCCCUCUUCCUUCUCCUCCAAGAAUGUUUCUGAGACCGGAAGGGCAACCAUGGGAGCUCAGAGUGAUCUGAAUGGCACCCCCCUCACGCCCCUCUCCGCCAUCGCCGAAGCGCUAGAACGCCUCGCCAAGUCCUUAGACUCCGGCCCUCGCGGCGAUCUCCGCCUGAGUUCUUUCGCCGAGGCCUGCUCCCACCUCUCUGUUCUGUUUGGAUGCCUGGGGGUGGCUUUUAAGUUUGCUGAGAUUGAUUUCGUUGCUAAGGUACAUGAUCUUCUGGAAGCAUCGAAGACAUUUGGCAGUUUAAAGGAUGUUUUGGAUCAUGACAUUCGGCAUGGCACUGUCAAGAAGGCCGGCAGCCACUCACGCAAUUUGCGGCGGGUUAGGCAGGGUCUUGACCUCAUAAGAGUUCUGUUUGAACAGUUUCUUUCAUCCAAGGGAAGUUCUUUAAAAGAUCCUGCAUCAAGAGCAUAUGCCCAAGUCUGUGCACCAUUUCAUAGCUGGGCAGUCAGGAAAACGGUUGCUGCUGGAAUGUAUGCAUUGCCCACAAGAGAACAACUUCUAGUGAAGUUGAAUGAAACAGAAUAUUCUGUGGUAAAGAAAAUGAAAAGGUACAUUGACGCUUCUGAGCCCAUCAUCCGGCAUGUGGACAAGCUCUUCAUUUCGAAGAAUAUCAGCUUAGACUGGUGAAAUAUCGUAUAUUCAUAAGAUUGUUCUUCUGAGAACAACGGAAGGAAUUUCAUUGCUCAGUCAUUAGUGUUUCACUCGAACCACGAGUCUGGUUAUGUAGUGGUUGAUAUAGUAAUCUAAAAUCGAGUUCAGUUUUUAAUACAGAAUUUUACGCUAACAAAGGAAAUAUCAAGUGGCUUGUAGAAAGUUAAAUCUUGAGGACAACAGAUACACGUGUGAA